AUGGUGAAAACUUCAUCAAAUAUGCAGUUAUACCCUUCAAAAGAUCAUCUUUACCUUCCACUUUCGCUAUUGAAGUCCGUACUAAAUGAGCUUACACAAAAUAAUGUCAGGGAACCUGAGAUGAGGCCAUCUGUUUCUAAUUUGUUGCAGCAUCCUUUUGUUACAGCCAAAUUCUCAUGUUGCUGCUCCAAUAAUGAUGAUCGAAAACCACCGCCUACACCACCAUUGCAACCCCUUACUUGUGCAACACCGCCCACCCCUAGCAAACUCCGGAUUGAGAGGUAUUUGGAAAAAAAAUCGAUGAACGGUGGUUUGGUGGUCAACAGUGAAGGUCAUCUGGUUAACGGAGAGGAGGUGAGGGUGGGGGAGAUGAUGGUGGUUGGUGGCGAAUAG